CUUGUCUUGGUUGGGUGCACAAUUCUUCUUUUAUGUAUGCUGCUUCUUACCCUGUUGCCUAGACGAUCGCUGGCUUUCACUAAGAAUGUCUGGUUCUCGUAAAGAGUUUGACGUGAAGCAGAUUUUAAAAAUCAGAUGGAGGUGGUUUGGUCAUCAGGCAUCAGCCCCUAACUCUGCAAUUGAAAACCAUCAGGUGGACUUCUGGAACAGAGGACAAAAUGUAACAACUGGCAGCACAAAGUUUUUAGAUUCAGGUAACUUACCUUUAACAUCAGUUGGUUACAGAAGGUCCAGCCAACAGGAUUUCCAGAAUUCACCUCUUUGGCCAAUGGCAUCCACCUCAGAAAUCCCUGUAUUUGAAUUCUCAGCAGAAGACUGUGGAGGUGCACGUUGGCUUGACAGACAAGAAACAGAUGAUAGAGCAAGUGAAGAAGAAAAUGAAUCGGACAGCAGCUCGUGCAGCAGAACCUUCAACAGCAGUCACACCUUAUCAUCUUCUCAAACAAUGGAGCCCUGUACCUCAGAUGAAUUUUUUCAGGCUCUCAACCAUGCUGAACAAACUUUUAAAAAGAUGGAGAAUUAUCUUAGACACAACCAGCUAUGUGAUGUGGUGUUAGUUGCUGGUGAUCGUAGAAUUCCAGCUCACAGAUUGGUUCUCUCCUCUGUUUCGGACUACUUUGCAGCAAUGUUCACCAAUGAUGUAAGGGAAGCAAGACAGGAAGAAAUCAAGAUGGAAGGUGUGGAGCCAAAGGCAUUGUGGGCUCUGGUUCAAUAUGCAUAUACAGGUCGCCUUGAAUUAAAAGAAGAUAACAUUGAGUGCCUGUUGUCUACAGCUUGCCUUCUUCAGCUCUCUCAGGUUGUAGAAGCAUGCUGCAAAUUCCUAAUGAAGCAGCUUCACCCAUCCAAUUGCCUUGGAAUCCGAUCUUUUGCUGAUGCACAGGGUUGCACUGACUUGCACAAGGUGGCUCACAAUUACACUAUGGAGAACUUCAUGGAAGUAAUUAGAAAUCAAGAAUUUCUGUUAUUGCCAGCCACUGAAAUUGCUAAGCUUUUAGCAAGUGAUGACAUGAAUAUUCCUAAUGAAGAAACUAUACUGAAUGCACUACUUACGUGGGUUCGACAUGAUUUGGAACAGAGAAGGAAAGAUCUCAGUAAACUCCUGGCUUACAUUAGACUGCCUCUGCUUGCUCCACAAUUUCUGGCAGAUAUGGAGAACAACGCACUCUUUAGGGAUGACAUUGAAUGUCAAAAACUCAUUAUGGAAGCAAUGAAGUACCAUCUGUUGCCAGAGAGACGACCUAUGUUGCAAAGCCCUCGCACCAAACCUAGAAAAUCUACAGUGGGCGUUUUGUUUGCAGUUGGAGGCAUGGAUGCAACAAAAGGAGCUACAAGUAUUGAAAAAUAUGAACUUCGUACCAACACAUGGACUCCAGUUGCAAACAUGAAUGGACGAAGAUUACAGUUUGGAGUUGCAGUUUUAGAUGAUAAAUUGUUUGUUGUUGGUGGCAGAGAUGGACUGAAAACACUGAAUACUGUGGAGUGCUACAACCCUAGAUCAAAAACUUGGAGUGUAAUGCCACCUAUGUCCACUCAUCGUCACGGUCUUGGAGUAGCUGUAUUGGAAGGUCCCAUGUAUGCUGUAGGAGGACAUGAUGGCUGGAGCUACCUGAAUACAGUAGAAAGAUGGGAUCCACAGGCUCGUCAGUGGAACUUCGUAGCUAGUAUGUCAACUCCCAGGAGCACUGUUGGUGUAGCAAUAUUAAAUGGAAAGCUUUAUGCAGUUGGUGGUCGAGAUGGAAGUUCUUGUCUUAAGUCAGUAGAAUGUUUUGAUCCUCAUACAAACAAAUGGACUCUCUGUGCUCAGAUGUCAAAAAGAAGAGGUGGUGUAGGUGUAACCACCUGGAACGGGUUCUUGUAUGCAAUAGGUGGCCAUGAUGCUCCAGCAUCCAACUUAACAUCCAGGCUGUCAGACUGCGUAGAAAGGUAUGAUCCCAAAACAGAUAUGUGGACUGCUGUGGCCUCUAUGAGCAUUAGCAGAGAUGCAGUGGGAGUGUGUCUUCUAGGUGACAAGCUGUAUGCUGUUGGAGGAUAUGAUGGUCAAACAUAUCUUAAUACAGUGGAGUCUUAUGAUCCCCAGACAAAUGAAUGGACACAGGUUGCACCACUGUGCUUAGGAAGAGCUGGAGCAUGUGUUGUGACUGUAAAACUCUGAAUUAUUUUCUCUGGGAAGGUGACAUUCUCCUGCGUGGACUCAGAGGAUUACUUUUUCCUCAAGCAAACUACCAGUGAACCAAUGAACACCAGGUGCAGGAUAUCUACCACAGCAAAUUGUUUGGUCUGAAGUUGACAUGAACAUGUUGUUCUUAUGGACCAAUAUUAAGCACUUUUUAAAAACUUAUCUUUGUUACGCAUAUGUUACAAGAAUUCUACUUGUAAGAAAGUCAGCUGCAACCUGCCAGUUGUCAGCAGAGGACUUCUGUUUAGGAAGCACUAAGAAAAUGAAUGAACUCGCUAUAAUAAUCACAUGUUCUGGAUCCAGGGCCUUGAUUUCCCCAAACAUGCAGAGCAAUGAUGCUAUAAAUGGAUGUACUUUGAUAUAAUUGGGUCUGUCUCUGGGUGAAACAAGUUAAAGGAUUGGACCCCAUAGAUUUAAUUUGCCUGUAAUAAACACGUUUGGCUAUAGCUAUCUGAGUGACUACAAGGCAGGCUGACAAACCAAUGCAAACUAUUGUAAAUGGCAGGUGUAAUGCCUCCCUUGGAAAUGAAGUUGUGUAUUUGGUGAAUCUUUUGCACUUUUUAUCAUCAUUCCUAGUUUAGAGAACUUUUUAUUUAACCAAAGCCUUAUUUUAAAUAUUGUCUUAUGCUAACAGAAACCUGCUAUUUAAUAAUUUCUGACAGAUAUUUUUGACAUCCAGUGUACUUUUUAGAUUUUCAAAGUUGUUAUGCAAGAUGCAGACCAUCAUACCUUUUUCUCUGCUUUGGUUCUUGUAUUUACUUUGCUAUUUGUAUGAGUUAUUCGAAGAAUUCUAAAGUGUGAUUAACAAUUAACCAAUUUAAGUUUAAUAUUUGCACUUUGGAAUUUUUGAAGCAUUCCAUUACAUCUAGACUAAUUACAUUUUUACAUGAGGCUUUGCACUACUAUGAAAAGUAUAAUUUUGUAAGAUGAAGAAAUUGUCUGUCUUUCCUGUAAGUUUAUUUAAAAAUGUAAAGGGCCCAAUCCUGCAAGACGCUCAACUGCCACCAUUUAAGCAUGUUCAGCAUCUUACAGGAGAGUGACGUGUGCCUCGCAGGACUGUAUCAAAUUAGUUACCUUAUUUAACAAUUACCUGAUUUUUUCAUAUACUUUAUAAUUUGCCUUUCUCGAGCCCUCUGCUGUUACACCGAAUUGCUUUGAUUUGCCUUUCUCGAGCCCUCUGCUGUUACACCGAAUUGCUUUGAACUGUCUACAUGUUCUCGGGAGAAGCCUUUUUGUAUUUGCUUUUACGUGCCUUGUCCCUUAUGUUUCCCAAACAGCACCGCGCGUGAAAAACGGGAAGAUGUGAACUCAUCGAAUGUUUUGGGUUUGGUUUGGUUUUUUUUUUAAAGUUUGAAGUGCCCGAUACCCAAAGUCCUUUGUACAUUUGUAAUUUUAAACGUGUGUUUUAACGCUCUCGGCGAACUAUUUAUUGUUUUAAAAGAAAUCGGUGACACUUUGUGAUGAAGCUUUGCAGUUGGAAUACAGCUGAUCUCAAGAGGC